AUGUUUGGGACCAACUCAUUCGGAGCACUGGGGCUGGGGGAUCCGGAGGAUGCCGACGACCCCGACACGCGCUCUCAGAUUCCACGGCCGAAGCUGCCAGUUUCAGAGGAGCUGAAAUUUGUCCAGGUGGCAUGCGGUGGCAUGCAUACCGUUGGGCUCACGGUGGACGGUGACGUGUACACCUGGGGCGUCAACGACGAGGGGGCGCUAGGCCGCAAGACGUCCGGCACCUGCUGGGAAAAGGAAUCCGACGAUGUUAAGGGCGACAGCUUCGUCCCCGGCCAGGCGCAGCUGCCCAAUGGCAUGCAGGCCGUGCAGGUCGCUGCUGGUGACGGGUUCACGUUUGCCGUUGGCGCGGACGGCUGUCUCUACGGCUGCGGGUUCUUCAAGGACGAGGUCGGGGCGCUGUCAGGCUUCACCCCAAAGGUGAAGAUGCAGGGCCUGUUUGCGCUGAUCUGGAAGCCGGAAUCCUUGCGUGAUCGCAUCAAAAAGUUGGAAUGUGGCGCGCGCCACGCCGUGUUACUCACCAACAGAGGCGACGUGCUGACAUGGGGCUCUGGCAGCCAGGGCCAGCUCGGCCGCGUCAAGCCGUACCACCAGGACUCAGAAUAUCAGCCUACCGCAGCAGAGCUGUUCCAGCCUACCCUCGUUGCGCACCUGCCAUACGCCCUGGGCAACACCACCGCUGUGGACGUUGCCUGCGGCGCUUACAGCACAUUCGUUAUUGGCAAGAAUGGUGACGUCGCAGCGUGGGGCCUCAACAACAGCGGGCAGCUGGGCAUCGCCAAGCAGAGCGACGAUGACAACAUCAAAUGGGAGCCCGAGUCGGUCGACUCGCUGUCUGGUGUGGUGCACAUUGCUGGCGGCGAGCAGCACUCGCUGGCACUUACCAAGAAAGGCGCGCUAUUGUCCUUCGGUGCCGCUACGUAUGGCAUGCUCGGCCGCCGUGACGUGGACACUACCACCGCGAACGACAUCCAUCCUGAACCCAAGCAGGUGGACGGACUGGACGGCAUCAAGGUGGAGGCCAUAGCCGCCGGCACCAACGUUUCGGCGUGUACCACCACCGAUGGCGACGCGUGGUUCUGGGGCAGCAACACCAACCUGCAGCUUGCCAAGGGCACGGACGAUGACGACGAGCCGGUGCCAAAGAAGAUGGGCCGCGUCAAGGCGUUUGGCUACCGCCGAAUUCACACUUUAUGCUUUGGUGGGCAGCAUGGAGCGUUGCUU